UGGGAAAUUUGCAUCGGUUUUCUUCAUUCCUGUACAGUGUUUACUUUUCGGUAGUGGGCUGGUUCGCUGGCAAAUUAUUGGUGUUCUCAUUGGAAUAUGUAUCAAAUAUCUUUGGAAUAAUUGUUUUGUGGCAUUGAAGAUGGAUCUCUCAGAGGCAAUGAAAAUCGCGCUGGCAAAAAGCCAUUCCGCAGCAGCCGCCGCCGGAAAUAAUGGCAAUGCAUCUGGAUCCCACAGCAGUGCAGGUGAGCAAACGGGAGCAGGGUAUGUCACGGAGAAGCUGUAUAUGCUUCUUCAGCUGUACUUGCAAAACAAAGGCUGGAGUCCUUCUGUAGAACUUUUGCAAUGCUUUGCGGAACUGAAAGAUACACCGGUGCUUCCUAGCGCAGCCUAUCUGCAAGUGUUGGCAAGUCGUGUUGCGCUUGACUCGCAAGGUAGGCUUGUUCUGCGUGAAUCAGGCAAAAUCAUACUUCCGUACGAACAUUUCGCCAAUGCGGUCAUGCUGAAGCACAUGUCUGGUCCGCAUGGUCUGCAUCUCAGUGUAGAGGCCACCGCGCGUGCUGUUAUGGAAUCGUACACCAUUGGUCGGGAGAAUUUGGGAAUGGAAAAAGAAUUUAUCGUUGAGGUUGUGCAGUCUUGUCCCAGUCCUGCCUGCAGGUACUAUAAGGGACAACUGGGCGUUGGACCGUUUAUCGAUCAGUCCUUCAACCCAGCUACUCAUUUGAACUCGGAGUAUAUUGCUCACUUACAACAGUUGGGUCAGUCAGGGUUGGACAUUGGAGCCGCUGAAAACGCAACUAAGGCAAUGGGUAAUCAGGCUAAAAUGGCGAAAGCGGCACAGUCCCAGCAGCAACAGAUUACCGCUGCAAUUCUGCAGCAGCAGAACCGAGCGAUGGCUCAACAAUCACUAGACAAAUUCGGUAGUUUAUCGAAUUUGGAGAAACAACGUGUCCUACAACAGCUCGAUAAGAAACAUUACGAGGUUGCUCAAUCACAGGUCAACAGUAUGCCACCACAGCUAGUUCCUUCAAACAACAGUAACUCGUUGAAUGUUCAAACGCCCACCGUUAAUACUCAGCAGUCGUCCGCUGCAGUGCUACUUCAACAACAACAGCAGCAGCAGCAGCAGGUUCAAGCGAUAGAUGUCUCGCGUGCACAGGUUCAGGUUCAGUCACAUGUUCCGCAGCAAACGGUACAACAACAUACGCCAAGCCCAUCGCAAGUCGUAAGCGCUCAGGCUCAUUUGAAUUUGCCACCGCUGCAGACCGUUAACAUGGAUACCGGUCACAAGCUGUCGGAUUAUAUGCGAGGUGCUGUUGAUCCUUUGGAAAAUAUGUCCACCAGUAAGGAUCUCCUGGCCCUCCAUAACGGGGCCUGGGGUCAGGAUCGUGGAGAUGGGCUGGCGGUGAGCCAGGACAAAAUAAUUCGAGCAUUUGGCGAGCUGAUGAGAAAUAUUGCACGUAUGAAAACCUUCAUCCGGCCAAGCAUGUGUAAACCGUACGGAAAACAGUCGGAGAGUUUGCAAAAAACUCUUUUCGACACUAUUCAGCUGGUGCAAUCGCUGAGGAAUUGUCUUCCAGCACCACAUAUCCCAGUAACCUCGUGGAAGAGCGAAACACACACCGGUACCAACGGAUCGGAAACAGUCUAAGCGACAUUAUCGGAAUAAACUUAUCACAAAAACUAGCUUAAGCUUGAACGUACUUUUGAAAGCACGAGGCGCAUACUUAUUUGUUCCCGGCUACAUUUAUUGCUGUUUUUACAUUUUAUGCUCGAUUUAAAAUGCAUUUAUUUAGCUAAUGUUUUUUUCUGUUCCUUUUGCCAGCCUUUGCUGGCGCGAUAUGUUAACUAUUAUUUUCUAAAUGUGAUAACUCAAAUGUAUUACAGCAGCGAAACGUACUUUUCCGUUGAUAAAUAGCGCAUAAAUAAUAAGCUAAAUCUAUUUCAUAGUUUGCAUUUUCGACAUGAAACGUAUAAUAAUAUCAAAGUCCACGACGAGACUUUGAGGGCAAUAUCGGAGAAGAAGAACCUAUUAGGAGAUAAAUUUUGGCCUAAAUUGGAUGACAAUUUCAGAUGAAAGUAAACUGGCAAUAAAGCUGUGAUAGACAGAAAUUAAGCGGACAAAACAUCGAUUAGUAUGAUACGAAAGCUAGGAGGAAACAAAUAGUAGGGCUCGAUUGCGACGCAAGAUGUCGCGAUGUUCGAUCGAUGUUAGGUCAAAAAAUGGCGAAACAAAAAAAAAGUUUAAUUUUCACGUCUUAUGUCAUAGUGUGUACUUACUUAAUUGUCGAACUAAACGUAGGAAUAUAAACAUAAAACAAUUUUCAUCGCGUUCAGCAGCAUUUGCUCAAUAAACUCGCAAAGUAAAACUUCAAUUUAUAUUGAAAUCGAUUAGUAUCGGUGAAUAUGUAAUUGUGCAAUAUAUUUUAUUUCAUGCGAUAAUGUAUGGAAACGUAGGGAAACGGAAUUUGUCAAAUUUUAUGCUUAUCAAAUC